AUGAGUGCUUUUCGGCCACCAUUUUCUGCUACUACUCCCCGAUUUUUCAAGGUUAUUGUGGAUGAAACUUCUAGCAUCAAACUGAAAAUUCCACCAAAAUUUGUGAGGAAAUAUGGAGACUACUUAUCAAAAUCAGUGCGUCUUAAGCUUCCAAGUGGUUGUCAAUGGGAAGUGGAAGUGACAGAAAGCGAUAGUGAGGCUUGGUUUGAAAAGGGUUGGCAAGAGUUCUUCAAGUUUUACUCUCUAGACUGCGGUCACUUCCUACUUUUUACAUACCAAGGGAAUUCUAUGUUCGAAGUUUGCAUAUUUGAUAGAACUGCAACAGAGACUGAAUAUCCCAUUAUUAUCGAUGACUCUUAUGUUGAAGAUGAUAACUCCAUUGGAAUCUUAAAUGAUUUUACCCCCUGCUCUAAAACAAGAGACAAAUCUCCAUCACCAUCUGCUAGGCCUUCCAGAAGAAAGAGAACACUUAGUCCAAUUAGUGAAGCCAAAAUGAAAGGGAAAGAAGAUGAUUUUUCUAGGAAAAAAGAUGGGGGAGGCUCGUCCAAAGCUCUUGAGAGAGCCAAGGCUUUCAAAUCUGAAAAUCCUUCCAUCAUGAUAGCCAUGCAGCCCCAUUAUAUCCAUAAUUAUACUCUGAAUAUACCGCUUCGAUUUAUCAUGAGUUUCACGAAACACGGGCGGCAGGUCGUCAAGCUUCAGGUUGGAGAUAGAUUUUGGUCUGCUUGUUUGAAUGUGUCUGAAAUCCAUCGUACAGCUAAAAUUAAUCACGGCUGGCAUGUAUUUGUGAAGGAAAAUCAUUUAAGAGUAGGAGAUGUUUGCAUAUUUGAGCUCAUGAAGUUGAAUGACCUUGUACUGAAAGUACACAUGUUUAGAGGAUGA